AUGGCCGACUUUAAGUUGUCGGCGCAAUUGGUUGGCCAUGAAUCCGAUGUCCGGGCCGUCAGCUUCCCUUUCCCCGAUACCGUCCUAACUGCUUCCCGCGACUGCAGCGUACGUGUAUGGCGCCGCACCCAAGACUCUCCUCCAUCGUUCGAUCCAUCCCUCCUUAGUCGCGGCUCCGAAUACAUCAACUCUAUCGCCUACUUUCCCCCCUCAAGCGAUCGUCCAGAUGGUCUCGUCUUGUCCGGCGGCAAGGACACCAUCAUCGAGGCCAAGUCACCCAAGGCAACCAGCUCCGACAACGCCGAGCGCCUCUUGGUCGGACAUGCUCACAACGUCUGCGCUCUCAACGUCGCACCAAACGGUACAUAUGCUGUCUCUGGCGGCUGGGAUGGUCAGGCUCGUGUGUGGAAUCCCCAAAAGUGGGAGACGGAGCUCAUGCUCACGGGCCAUGAGAGCAUGGCGGUCUGGGCUGUCGUUGCGGUGGAUGACCGCACCGUGUUGACAGGUUGCGCCGACAAGAAUAUUCGCAUCUUUGAUCUGCGACAAUCUGUAGCAGGAGAGGUAUCGCCAAAGUCAACAAUCCACACACCCGACGUUGUCCGUGCUCUCACUCUGGUACCCGAAGGCCACCCCAGCGGCGCGGACAUUGCGAGCGCCAGCAACGACGGAACCAUUCGCUUGUGGAAGUUCAACGGCCAACAGGUCGCCGAGCUCCACGGCCACGAAAGCUUUGUCUACAGCUUGACCAGCCUUCCCACUGGCGAGCUUGUUAGCUCUGGAGAAGAUCGAACCGUCAGGAUAUGGAGAGGUACUGAGUGCGUCCAGACCAUCACCCACCCCGCCAUCUCAGUGUGGACGGUGGCAGCCAACGCCGAAACCGGCGAUAUUGUGACAGGCGCGAGCGAUAGCAUUUCUCGCGUCUUUACUCGGAGUCCCGAACGAACGGCCGACGAGGCGACGCUCAAGGAGUUUGAGGAGGCUGUCAAGUCGUCGUCGAUCCCUCAGCAACAGGUUGGAGGCAUCAACAAGGAGAAACUUCCAGGCCCCGAGUUCUUGACCUCCAAGUCUGGCACCAAGGAGGGUCAAGUGCAGAUGAUCAAGGAAGAUAAUGGCGCUGUGACAGCUCAUCAGUGGUCUAUGAGCCAGCAGCAAUGGGUCAACGUUGGCACUGUCGUUGACGCUGUUGCCAGCACAGGCAAGAAGGUCGAGUACAACGGUCAGAUGUACGACUACGUCUUUGACGUUGACAUUGAGGAUGGAAAGCCUCCGUUGAAGCUCCCCUAUAAUCUCUCUGAGAAUCCUUAUGACCGGGCAACCAAGUUCCUUGGCGACAAUGAGCUGCCUAUCUCAUACCUCGACAACGUGGCCAACUUUAUCACGGAAAACACCAAGGGAGCUACUAUCGGUCAGACAUCCGGGCCUAGCGGACCUGAUCCUCUUGGAACCGAGUCGAGAUACCGACCUGGUGAGGAGACCCAGCCCAAGGUUCUCCCCCAAAAAGAGUACCUCAACAUCACGGCUGCCAAGUAUGAAGCAAUCUUCAACAAGAUCCUCACCAUCAACAAGAACAUGGUCUCUUCUGGCCGCAAAGACGCAGCCCUCAACCCAUCAGACGAAUCUCUACUUGCCGACCUCCGCUCCGCCCUUGAAUCCUCCAGACCAGUCCCCCAAACCGCUCUCCCUCUGCUCGUCCGCAUUCUCACCCAAUGGCCCUACUCAGACCGCCUCGCCGGCCUCGAUCUUCUCCGCUGCGUGGCAAAGUACCCUCUGGCCGCACAAUUCUCCGACCCGGAGGUUGGAUCUCUCCUCGACCUCGCCAUUGCGGCGUCCCUGCCGGAAGGCGAGAAGCCCAGCGACAACGCUGCCAUGAUGGGCCUCCGAACACUCGCAAACAUGUUUUCGUCGGCUAAUGGCCGCUCCAUCAUCAGCGCGCAGUCGGACAAGGCCAUUGCCCUCCUCGAGCGUGUUGUCGGCGUCUCUACAGACCCCAUCGGCCCCUAUAACCGCAACGUCCUCAUCGCCACUACCACAGCAGCCAUCAACCUCUCCGUCCUCGUCCACCGCGAGCGCCUCCUCACACCAGACCAGCGCCGCCGUCUCGCUGUCGUCUUAGGUGCCAUCCUCUCCCGCGACGGCCAGACCGACUCGGAGGUUCUGUACCGCGCCCUCGUAGCCUUGGGCACUCUGCUCUCCGCUUCCAAGGCCGAGAUCAAGGGUCUUGGCGUCAAAGGGUGGAUCCAGGGUGCCACCUCGGGCAGCGUAGAGGACCGCGUCAGGGCCGUCGCUGCCGAGUGCGCCAAGCUAGCUCCGUAG